GGCGGCUGAACGAAGAUGGCGGCUGGGGAGGUGAAGUCGGUGCUUUUUGUGUGCCUGGGAAACAUUUGUCGCUCUCCAAUAGCUGAAGCAGUUUUUAGAAAACUUGUAACUGAUGAAAAAGUUGAAAAUAAGUGGAGGAUAGACAGUGCAGCAACAUCUGCCUAUGAAAUAGGAAGCCCUCCUGACUAUCGAGGACAGAGUUGCAUGAAGAAGCAUGGCAUUACCAUGAAUCAUAUUGCCAGGCAGGUUACUAAAGAUGAUUUCCAGACCUUUGAUUAUAUACUCUGUAUGGAUGAGAGCAAUCUAAGAGAUCUGAAAAGGAAAAGCAACCAAGUUAAAGACUGCAAGGCCAAAAUUGAGCUGCUUGGGACUUACGAUCCACAGAAACAACUUAUCAUUGAAGAUCCAUACUAUGGGAGUGAAAAGGACUUUGAAACUGUUUACGAGCAGUGUGUUAGAUGCUGUAAAGUGUUUUUGGAGAAGUCUCAUUAAUGCUUCGUCAUUUUAUUUCUGAAAGAAAAUAAUUAGCUUCUCCUGAAAUAUGUAAGGUUUACUUGAUUGAUGUAUGUAAAUUGUAAAAUUAUGCCUCACGGGGUUCAAAACUGUUUCAGUAUCAUUUUAUAUUUUAGGUUUUCUGUCAUUAAUUAAAAAGCAUAGAAAAGUUUUAAUUGGAUUAGCUGAUCAACCGUUUUAUCACACAUCAAUGUUGUAGUAAAGUAUGUAAUUCAGAAUAAAUUUAUCUCUAAACUUUUCCAGUGCUUUCUCGCAAGCACUGCAGAAGUAACAUCUUGCUUCUUUAUCUGCUGUACUAACUAACUGAGGUCUUAUUGUGCCAUUAGUGAGUUAGUACAAAUGACUUUCAUUGGGAGUCUGUGAGAUAAUACUUCAUGUAUGAUAAUGUAGGCGUGUCAUCCUGGUGUUGUUAGACAGCCUUUGGACUGAUGCUGUUCCAUAUUGAGCCUACUAGACUAAAAGAACUGCCUGCCCCCAGACAGAUGCUGCUCUUAGCACUAUUUCAGAGCUUAAGCAACCAAAACCUCUGUGUGUGUCAACAGGAUCCUGUGAAAAUGUUUUUGUGUCAGUUUAAGUGCUUAGUUAUUUAAAGAAAAAGUAAUAUUUGUUCUAAUACAUUUUCUACUAAUUAGGAAGAACACAGUUCAGAAAUAAUGAUUGAUGUUAACAGGACUUCUUCAGCUAGUCUUCUUUUGGUCUUUUGGUCAAUUCCUAGUGCACUGAUACAAGCACAGUAAUAUUGUAUUUACUUUAGGGACAGAACAAGUCAGCAUAAAAGCCUAAUUGUGAAACGUACAGUUUGUAUCUCACAGUAGUAAAAUACUCAAAUCCAUGCAAUAUAUUCAGUGAGAUUUGCUGUAAUCCUAGUUCCUAUGUGGGUGUCAGACAGUAUUUUCAGAUUUACUCAGGAGAAUUGAUAGUCUGUCAGAAGUGUUCUCUGAGAACAUAGCUCAGCCCAGAGACAGUCCAUCUGUAAUGUAAUGCAAAGUUAACAGAAGGCCAGUAAGUAGAAAGUUCUGCUUUUGGAAAAAAAAAUUGAAUGCUUUGUUAAAAUCCAUUUCUUUUUGUCUGACUAUCACCUUUCAUUUCUGCCUAGAAACGCAAGUGUACUGCGAUCAGUAAGAUCAGUAACGUAAAUGAUACCAGAAGAAUUGUCCUAUUUUCAAUAAUGACAACAUUGGUAUGAACUCACAUUACCACAUUGUCUGUAAAACUGGAUCUAUAAAACUUGCGUUCUUACUUAUGGAGCUGUGUUUUUCCCUCUGUUUGCCUUCCUAGCUACUAGAGUAGCCUCUAUAUUUGUCACCCACUUUCUCCUCUGAGAGAGGGGUGCGUUUUGAUAGAGGUCCCUGUUAUUCCUGAGGAGGAAAGAAUCCUGUUGUCACUCUGCCUGUGCAGCAGCCUGCGCAAUGGGGAUGAUCCAUCCUGGGACUCUUGCUGUAGAACAGCUGUUUGUGUUAGUAAAGUUUCUGUUUUGUGCUAAAAUUUCCAUCAGACAUAAAACUUAAGAACCUGUUUACAGAAAGGCAAGUGGUAGGUGGAACACUUAAGUACAGAAAUCUGGAUCUUCGUGCUUUUUUGCUUUACCAGUAUCUUUGACUUUAAAAGAACAAGCUGGGGAUUUGCAAAUUAAUAGAUGUUUCACUUCAGGACAAAGAGUAACCGAUAUAU